AUGAGGCGAGAACUGUUUCUGCGCAUUGUUCACGCGAUGGAGGCCCGCGACGAGUACUUCCAGCAGCGGCAAGAUGCGGCCAAUAGAAUCGGUCUAUCCUCGCUUACGAAGUGCACGAUUGUUCUUCGUCAGUUGGCCUAUGGCACCACGACGAACAUGUUCGACGAGUAUCUUCACGUCAGGGAUACAACUGGCCAGGAGUGUCUGGCAAAAUUUUGUGAGGGUGUGAUUGACGCCUUCGGCGCCACAUAUUUGCACAAUGCCGAAGAUUGUCAGUUCCUGAUGAUGAUGCACGAUAGGGUGCACAACUUUCCUGGAAUGUUAGGGAGCAUUGAUUGUAUGCACUGGGAGUGGAAGAAUUGUCCGACAGCGUGGAGAGGUCAAUGGAGGGGUUGGCAGCGGAAGCGUGCAUAA